AUGGCCAGGCUUCCCCCAGAACUCCUCAUCGGCGUCGUCGACGCGCUACAUGAUGGGUUAACCAUCCCAGACCAGCAGACACAUUUCACCCUCGCCUCUCUGUGCUUAACGUCGCACUUUCUGCACGAGUUAUCGAUGCCGUUGCUCUACUCCGCCAUACGCGUGGUACUGCCGGGUGCUUGUGAACACCUCGCUCAAUCGGCCCACGUCGCGAAGUACCUGAAGACCGUCUCUAUCCUUGAGCAUCGCAGGCCCAUGAGGGAAUUCAUCGCGGACAUACCUGUCUUCAGCUCUCUCCUGACGCACGCGCGAAACACGCUGCGUUCCGUCACGCUCUACAUACCUGUCCGCGAGUCCUGGAGCGGACAAUGGUGCACCGUCGAGCAGCUCCUGCCCUUCCGCUGUGCGCUCGAGAGCCUCACUUCCAUCGAGACGGUAGUCGUCUGCCGGGACGGUUUCCUGAUCGACGACGAAGAUUGGACAAACGGAAUCGCUCGGUGCAUCCUAUCUCCCUCAUGGAAGGGGCUUCGACGGCUCUCGCCGGGCAGUGUCGUCCUCGACGAGCCUUUCGUCACCGCGUGCUUGUCCCUUCCUCACCUAGAGACACUGUUCCUUCACAACGUCUACUCUGGCCUUAAUUGGGAUGCUCUCCCGGCGCUGACCAGGUUGGUCAGGGCGACCAAACCGUCACGGUCACCUGCAAUCGUAGUCUACAUCUGCAUAACCGGUACCGAACGUGUCCGCUUUGACGUGGAAAGGGCGCAGGAUUUGGCGAAACAGCACGACAACCUCCGCAUUAUCAAUUUACAAGCUGAAACGCGUCUGAUAACCGAAGACACGGACAUGCACCCAGCAAGGGUCUGGGUCAGAGAAAUGGCGGAGUCAGGGAUGUUGUGGCAGUUGCCCGCUACAGACAUCGUCUGGAAUUACGACCACGUCAAGCCUGUGUGGCUGAUCUGA